CUGGGGGCGGAAAUCGGGCGCGGAGGCUUCGGAGUCGUCUACGGCGCGCUGGACCUGCGCAAUGGACGCUCUGUGGCCAUCAAGCAGGUGUCGCUGCGGGAUAUCGACAAGGACGAACUGCUGUCCAUUGAGACGGAGAUCAGUCUGCUGCGCAAGCUCAACCACGAGAACAUUGUCAAGUACCACGACACCAUCAAGACGCAGGGCUACCUCUACAUUGUGCUCGAGUACAUGGAAAACGGCUCGCUGGCUCAGUUCGUCAAGAAGUUCGGCUCGCUGUCGGAGACGCUCGUGGCCAUGUACAUCACGCAGGUGCUGAGAGGACUGGCCUACCUGCACGAGCAGGGUGUGCUGCACAGAGACGUCAAGGGAGCCAACAUCCUGACGACCAAGGACGGACUGGUGAAGCUGGCGGACUUUGGCGUGGCUAUCAAGCUCAACGAGACGCAGAAGGCCAACUCGGUCGUGGGGUCGCCGUACUGGAUGGCACCGGAAGUGAUUGAGAUGGCGGGCUGGUCCUCAGCGUCAGAUAUCUGGAGCGUGGGAUGCACAAUCAUCGAGGUACUGACGACAAAGCCGCCGUACUUCGACCUGGCACCCAUGGCUGCACUGUUCCGUAUCGUGCAAGAAGAUCACCCGCCGCUUCCGCAGCGGAUGUCUCCGGCUUUGCAUGAUUUCAUCAUGAAGUGCUUCAUGAAAGAGCCGCGACUGCGAGCGUCAGCUGAGGAGCUUCUUGCCCACCCGUGGAUCGCACAAAUUCCGAAGAACAAGGUGGAGCAAAGCACACAACUGGUUGCCGAGAGCGUCACGUCGUCCAACGAUCGUGACGCUGUGCUGAACACGAUCAAACUCUACGAGAAAAGCUCGUCUACAGCAGAAGUACCUGCACCUGCAACAGGCAAAAGCUCGCGCUCUCUUAGUGCUACGCAGGAGCAGUCUGACGAAGAUGUGGAGGAUUGGGAUGAUGAGUUCGGCGUUGAUUCGAACCCCACGCCGUUCGUGCUCAGGGAUGAGGGAAACGGGGAGGCCAGCAAGGCGAAGACUCCGCAGGAAACAGCUCCGAGUAAACCCAAGUUUCAGUUGUCGAAGGAAGAUGCGAACGCGCUCUUUAACGACGACGUGUGGGACGAAGACGAGCCCGAAACUUCGGUUGUAUUAGAGAGCAAAUCCGUGCUUGAUGCUAGCCUGAACAGCAGCGGGAUUAGCUUGAGCCAAAACAAAAUGGACCGACCAACGAUGAACUCGUGGGAUCGGUCGUCGCUGAUCCCAGCUCAAAAUCGGAUUGCAAAGCUCCAGCAGUUCGUCGAAGACCCAGAGGAAGAUCUUACUUUUGACGAUAUCGACGAGAAGCAACUUCUACAAGCGGCGGCGAAGCAACAGCGCGCGAUGGAGACAGACCCCCUCGCUGCCACCGUAGUCCCAGGCAAUAAGCGCCAGAGCGACUUCAAGGAGGAGGACGACAUGGAUGGCGAUUUCGACUUUGCAGACGGGAAUGCGGGAGGUUUGGUGCUUCGCGUCGGUAGCAACCGAGACAGUGGUGCUGGGUCGUCGUCGGGCGGGAGUGCGCACGACAACUUGUUUGACGACGAAUUGGACUUCGAUUACUCGACUGCCCGAGACACAAACCAAAAGGCGACGGCGCGAGUAGUGGAGUUAUUGUCCUUACUGGAUCCAAGCAUGGAGGACCAAGUCAUCCUCGAUGCUUGUAAUAAUCUGGAGGAGCUGUUUGACCAGAACGUAACCCUAAGGAGGGAUUUGAUGUCUCAACCUGGUGUUGUGCCGAACAUCAUGGAGGCGCUGGAGAUGAAGAAAAUGGACGUCCUUCAUGCUGUCCUCAGAGUUAUCAACAUUAUUGUGGAGGGCUACAAGAAAUUUCAGGAAAACUUAGCGCUGGUUGGCCUGGUGCCCGUGAUCAUCAAGCUCACGAAGCAGCAUAACCCUUAUUACUUACCCGGUGAAAGUGGACGCGGGUUCCGCAUGGACAGCUCGGAGGACAACGAGUUCUCCAUUGCUGUGCGGAUGGAGGCAGCCAAGUUUGUGCGCCAGUGUUGCAAGACAAGCUCAUUGACGCUGCAAAUGUUUAUUGCGUGUGGAGGUUUGCCUGUGCUGGUUGACUUCUUGACGUUGGGAGAUAAAUCAUCCAGCCUUGACGAAGAUGUGGACCUGCUUCGGAUUGCUCUGGACGGAAUCUUCAGCGUAUUCAGCAUCCAAACCAUCCCGAAGAACGACAUCUGCCGUCUCUUUGUGAAGGCGGGACUGCUCAAGAAGUUUGUGGUCGUGUUUUCAGAGAUUGUCACAUCGAGCGGAUCGGCGCCAAAGUGGACCAUGAGAGAGCUUCACAAGACGUGCGAUAUCUUCGUGCAGUUUUCUCAGGGCGAUGCCGUGGUCAAAGAACACAUGUGCGAUGGCGCUCGCACACUACCUCUCAUUCGCCACUCCGAUGAGUUCGUCGCCGCUAUGCUGAAGAUUCUCAAGUGUAUUCGAAACUUGAGUAUGGAGCCCUUGACGCUCGAGAAGUUGGACCGGGCGGGGGCAAUCCCAACCCUGGUUCGUCUGCUGAACGAGCAAGAAGCGGAAGGCCCCUCGAUCUCCGACGUGAGGCGGAAAGAGGUCGAGAACAUCGUGCUCCAGUCGAUGUUCUACCUAUGCCGGAUCAACCGUAACCGGCAGACUCACGCGGCACAGGCAGGCGUCAUCCCGUCACUCAUCAAGGUGGUGCGGAACUCGAGUCCGCUGAAGCAGUUUGCGCUUCCUAUACUGUGCGAUCUGGCGCAUGCGUCGCCUACAGCACGAGCGCAUCUGUGGACCUACGACAGCGUGACCCUGUUCCUGGAGCUGCUCGAGGACAAGUACUGGCAGAUCGACGCCAUCAAGUCCAUCAGCGUGUGGCUUGUGCACGACACUGUGAAGAUGGAGAACGUGCUUCUCGUGCCGGAGAACCUGCUAAAGAUAAUGCUGUGCUUCCACAACGCCCAGGACACGGAACUGGAGAACUUGUUAGAGCCGUUGUUGGAGAUUAUGAGCCGUUCAGUGCGGCUCAACCAGGCUCUUGGACGCAGCGGCAUGUUUGUGAUGGAGAUUCUGAAGCGACUGCGAAUCAUCCCGAAGGCCAUCGUUCGCAAGAACCUGCUCAAGAUGCUCAAGAGCCUCUUCGAGUCUCACACGUCUCCGAUCCAGUUUUUGGUCGAGUACAACCUCCGCCCGAUCGUGUAUGCGCUCGCCCAGGACGAGAACAGCAUGAUUCUGGUGAAAGAAAUCGCCUCCCAACUUCUUCAGGCCAUC